AACUCUCUUCAGAACUUCCACACCCGGCUAAACUCGCUCUUUCAUGUCCUGUGGUUUCCACAGCCAUGCUUCAAAAUAUGGACUACACAUUCAAGUCUACUCUAGACCAAACUCAGCAGAGUCUUGUGGACUCGAUACUCAAAGACCUUAAAAUAUGCAGUCGAAGGCUACAAACGGCGUUUCACUCCCAGCAGGUCGAUUUACAGGUUUUGGAGCGAUUGUACUACAAGGGCAACAACCAACACCGCUCAGCUCUAUUUUGGAGACGGAUAGAGGAAAUCAGAAGAUAUACCCCCCGACUCACGGAUCAACGAACUCAAACUGUUGUGGAUGAACUUAGACUGUCGUUCUGGGGCCCUGUGAAUGAACGCACGUCUAAGUCUCUCAAAGGCGCAUGGACACAUGUCCCGAAUCCCUCGUCCGUGCAAUCCGUUCUGGAUCGACUUGUGCUGGUUCACAGACUAAUCACCAAAAUGCAUGGAAGCCUUAGCAGAACCUACCGCCACCUGAACUUGAACUUCCAAACAGGAGCGUUCUUGCAAUUGAUACUCACACUGAGUGCGAUCACGGCGCGCCUCGCCACUCUCUCGGAUGAAUUGCUUUCCUCAAUAGAAGUAACGUGGAACGCCUGUCACCGACUUUUAUGUCUACUGGAUCCUGAAAAGGCCAAAAAGCUACGUCCAUUGGCCAAGGAUCGUCAUAGGGAUAAUUCCGCCGUGUCUUCCAGACGCGUUCAGGAAUCCGCUCGGUCAGGUGCCAGCGUAUCUCUAGUUGCGGAUGUAUUUGAAGACGAUGUUGGAAGCUCUAUCACUCGUACUUCUUUACAUACACAAGUUGCCAAGGAGCAGUCUCCACCAAGACCGAUUUCUUCGGAGGGGCCGAUCCAUAACGACGACGAAGUGGUGGAAAUUGAAACAUCUAUUGAUCUGAGUCUGGAACAUCGCAAGCAAAAUAUAUUACAGGUUAACGCAGCUGGCGUUGUGCGCAAGACCAUUAAUCGUGAUUCCACGCAAUACUCUGAGUCAAUAUCCACGGGUCCCAGCAAGCACAAACGGUCUCAAUUGUCACAAACGGAUUCCAAGAAACCUGAUAAGAAAAGCAAGAAGAAACGCGACGAAAUAGACGACAUCUUUGGCUUUUGACCCACUUCCCACUCGCUCGGGUCCGAGCUUCUCCCGCGCUUCAUAGGUCCCUCCGGGGUGUUGGGGUAGUUUCAAUUAUUCCAUGGUGGCAGUCCAACGUCGCUCUUUAUUCAUUCGUGGUUCACAAGUGACCUUGAACGUGCAGGAGGCAUUUAGUCGUGGAAGGCUCAUGUGUCACUUCCUAUAGUCAGCCUCCGCACCAUGUAGCGGGCAAUUCAGCGAAGUAAUUGACCGUGAGAUGGAUAUUCGUCUUCCGGUGUCGUCUACAUCAUGCACCCGGAGUCUGGGAGCCGACGCCUUGGCACACGGAAAAGUACGAUCGGGCGUCGCUGUUGCUGACUUAGGCUCGGCUACGCUGGAGAUCAUUUUGUUCCCAUAUGCCGCAAUGGUAUCAUUGCUAAAUGCGCGGGCUGCGGCGCCUUUGGAUGGCUUUCUGGAGGAUAGGUGGGCAGUUAGAGUUUUCGGAGAAAGAGCGGUGGACAGUUGAUACUUCCCAUGCAUGGUGUGCGACAUGGCGAAGAGUGCAAUGAUUCGUUUCACAUCAGGUGCAACCGUGUUUCUAUGGAUCGUCUGUGAAGAACUCGACCUGCGCGCUCAAUUAUGAAGUAGCUAAACCUCAAGGUCCUUCGAAAAUAUCAAAAUUCUUAUUCAAC